GCCAGACCUGAGGGAGACAGGGAGUUGACGCCUGCACCUCUCCCUUCUUAUCAAGGUGAGCUCAGGCCUAACCGGUUCCUUUCUUGAAGAUUUGUCCCCGCUCCCGGUAAUCUAAGCCUCCCUGGCAGUCCAGAUAGGAGCAAAAUAGCCAGCCUAGGGGUGGAGAAACUGAGGCCUGGAAAUAGAGUAAGGAUCGGGGGGAGGGAAAGAGCUGCCAGAGCCUGAGAUAUGAAGGGAACCCAAGAACUCCACAUCGUUCUCUUCCCCGCUAACUCCUCCGUGAUCCCAGUCCUCAUGAAAUGACACCAUUGACUUGGCGCCUCUGUGGGCAUGGCCCGUAUCCUCCCCAUCUCAGGGUCCUUGGUAGACUAAACUCUAUGCCCGGCCUCUCAUUCCAGGCUCUCUGCCCAGACUAGGCAGAGCAGGAGAGAAAGACUGAGAAAGACAGAGAUGGUGCCAGCCCUUCGAGGGCAAUGAAGGGCAGCUGUCCCCAACGUUGGGUCAGCAGGCUCUCGCGGAGGGCGAGGCUGAUCCCAAAGGCCACAGCCGAGGGCUCCCAGCCCCUAAGCCCGGGACUCGAGCAUCUUAGCGCUAGAGAGCCAAGGCAAGGAUCCAGGACUGGGAUCAAGGCAAGGCACCAUUUCUGGAAGCCAUGCUCAAGCUCCGUUGGAGAAAGGGGAAGAGGAGAAGCCGUGGGGUUGGAGACAAGGAUUGCUGGGAACGGACCGACAGAGUCGGAGUUUUCUGUGACAUCUAGAAUGGGCGCAGAGCACCUGACAGAGUUUUGAGCAGGACAAAGUGAGCUGAGGCUGCCUGAAUUGGCCAGAGCCGUUUCCUAGCUGUGUGACCAUGAGUCUCCUUGCCUUUUUUUUUUUUUUUUGGCAAGGUUAUGGGAUUAAGUUACUUGCCCAAAGUCACCACUACUAAGUGUCAAGGGUCUAUGUUGGAAUCUUUACAAACUGUUAAGUCAUUAGAGUUGAUAGAGACACUAAUUACCUAAUUUAGCACGAUUCAGUAUCACUGAUCUGAUCCUACAAGGAGAUGUACCUGGUACCUUAGUACCUGAAACAAGGUACUAAGUAGAACUAAUUGAUACAAAGCUUGUGUUCACACCUUUACUCAUUGGAGUUCACAAGUAUGGGACAUUCACAAAGUAAACUUUGUAACUUUGUGAAUUCACACCUCCUUUGGGUUUGCCUCCAGGAGGAGGAGUCAACCUUUGGGAAAUCAUAUAUAAAGAGGCUCUUAGCUUCGGGUUAGUUAUUUUGGGUUAGAGAGAGUUACUUCGGAACAUUGACGGGGGUCGGAGAGGAGCACUCUGGGAGGAAGCCCACAAGCCCUCUCUCUGAGGCAAGAUGGAUUCAUUCCAUUUUCCACUUGGCUGGCCAGAGGCUGAAGAAAGCAGAGGCAGAAGCAAAAGACAAUCUCCAAGAGCUCUUGGAACCAAGCAGAGACAUAGGCCUCAACUAACCGGGCUAUUUUGGAAGGAGAAAAUAAACGUUUGCAUUUUUACCAGCUGGGUGCAUUUGGGGUGAUUAUUACUCUUGACCGAAACUAAGGCUGCCCCCAGAAAACCUCCCAGAGAAACCUCCCAGAGAGAACCUUUAUAUUAUUUUAAAAGAAGAAAAUCACCACAGGUCUAUGAGGUAGGAUUUUAAGUUCAGAUCCAGGGCUGGGGUUCUCAUUCAUUGUACCCCCUAACUGCCCCAACCUUGAGCCUCUAGCAGCCUCAGUCACCUCCUCUGUAAAAUGGGCAUAAUUGGAACCAAAGUGUGAAAAAAGUGCUCUGUUCAAACAUAAGAUGUCGAGGGCAAAAAUGGCAAUGGUGGGGCUGCCCAUCCCAACCCUUCUCACCAUGUCCAAACCCACACCAGAAACCAUCAACCAGGGCCGGCUCUCCUGCUGGGUUAACUGCCCUCCUCAAAACAGUAUUUCAGUUAAGCCUGCUUCAUGCUUCCCCCUAUUCCCACCAAUUGUAGCCCUUUUCCUUCUUAUUUCCCUGGACUCCAUUUCAAAAACCUUGAAAACUCCAGUUAUUACCCCUUACUGUGUACCAAGUAAUCCUAAAGUGCUUAUUUACUAAACUCAUUUUUAUUUCAGCCAACGUUUCCCAAUUACAUUAAAACAGUUUAACCAUCAUUUAUAAUUUGGGGUGUCAAAUUCUCUUUCCUGUCCCCCACCCCCACCCCUCGAGAAGUCGUCAUUCAAAACGUUUUCAUAUUCGUCUUGCUGCAUAAAAAAAUACACAAAAAUAAGAGAAAAUUCGACUUCAAUUUUCACUCAACUUUUUUUCUGGGGGAGAAAGCAUUUUCAUCACGGGCCUUUGGGACCGCCUUAGAUCACUGUAUUGACCCGAGAAGCUAAGUGUUUCGGAACUGAUCGAAUCACGUUGCCGUUACUAUGUACACUGUUCUCCUGGUUCUGCUCACUUCACUCAGCAUCAGUUCAUGUAAGUCCAAGUUUUUCUGAAAUCCCAUCACCAUCAUGGACCACAGCCUGCCCAAUUGGGGCAUGACUGAACAUGAAUUGUGUGACCCUCGAUAAGUCACUUAAACUGUGUGCCUCAGUUUCCUCAUUUGUAAAAUGCAGUUCAUAACACUUACUUUAGAGAAUUAUAAAGAUCAGAGAAGUUAAUGUAAAAUGCUUUGCAAACCUAAAUUGGCAUAGAAAUAUUAGCUACUACCACAGAGAGGGCCGCUAAGUGGCGUCGCAGUGGAGGCCCAGGACUCAGGAAGACAAUUUCCUAUUCAAAUCUCGGCCUUAGAUACUUCCUAGCUAUGUGACCCUGGGCAAGUGACCUCACCCUGUUUGCCUCAGUUCACCUAUAAAAUGAGCUGAAAAUGGCAAACCACUACAGGAUCUUUGUCAAGAAAACCCCAAAUGGAGCCAUGAAGAGUUGUGCAGGCCUCAAAACUGAACCAUCGCCACUAUAGACAUCACGCUCGAGAGAGUUGGGGUCACUGAACAUUUCUGGGCUUUUUGUACCCAUCCCUCUUAGGAACUUCCUGACACAAGCCCUUGAUAAGGGAGUCCAGGACAGACAGGAGGCGUCCCCCACUAUGAGGGAACCCGAUCUGCAUUCUCAAAAGGUUUACCUCUAUCAGAGACUAGAAAAAGGGAAAAGAAAAUUGGGAAUGUUAAGAGGCUUUGGGGGCAUAAAGUAGAGGCAGAGUUCCUGAGAAAUGAUCUCUCUACUGAAAGGGUAAAUUGAGGCUUUUGGCCGAAAGGGCCCGAGGUGAGAGGUUAGCUGGGACAGGACUUUGAGGGAUGAGACAGACAAUAGGAAGGAGUGAAAGAGCUCCCUGAUGCCAUGAGGUAGAGACUUGAAUUAAGUGGAAGGAAGGCAGGUGGCCCUGCACCUUUCUGGGUAAGGCUCCCAGGCCAUCCCAGCGGGAGCGUGAACCUGCCUAGUAGAAGCUGCAAGUGAGCCUAUAGUGGGGGGAGGGAAAUGGGAAGGGAACCUCAGGUGGGUCGGAUGAUGUCACCCUACUAAGACCCUUCCCCUAGACAGGCCAAAGUCCUUUUCUCUAACCAAGUGCUAAGCUAGAUCACUUCUAAAGCCAACUCACUGGUAUUCCCUGUAUUGUUAGCCUCUUCCAGCUGUGACAUUCCCUGUUCUAGGUCUCCCAGCUCUGGCAUUCCCUGUUCUGGGCCUCUUAGAUUUGACAUUCCCUGUUCUAGGCCCCUCCCAGUUUGAGAGCCUACACUGAGACUCCGGUGCUUGUCUCCAUCGACAGUGGGACAAAGGCUGAACCACAGCAGUUCUCGGGUUCCUCUCGGACUUGCCCCUCUCAGGGUCCGACAGCCACCCCCUUUUCCCAAUAGAACCCAGUUAAUUUUGCUGCUUUUCCCUUUAGCCAGGACUCCCUGGCUCCGUUUAGUCCCUUCUUCCCAGAGCAGGCCUCUUCCUGCGCGUCUCCAUGACCGCCGCCUCCUGCCCGUCUCCUCCAUGACCGCUGCCUGGCCUGCCCCUCCCGGGCUUGGCUGGUGGGGUUCCACUUCGCCUCUCCAGCUUCAUUUGCCAUGACUUCCGGCCAGUCCAUCGUUUGGUGCCUGCUAUACACCAGGCGGGUACCAGGGGGCGCCUUGGGCAGUAAGCACUGAGUAUCAGCAGAAGAUGAGUUUUCUCCAGUUCAAAUCUGAACUGCCCGAACAAGUAGCUCAAUCUUCUUCCUCAGAAGCACAGUGAGCUGCAGAAGAAAAUGACCAGCCAGGACCUUUGCCAAGAAAACUCCAGAGGGUCAGGAAGCGUUGAGCAUGGCGGAACAUGUGCCAAGCCCGAGGGGUCAAACCCAGUCUUCCCCUCCCCCUUCGAGGAGCUCGAUCUAGUGGGGGAAACGAUAAGCAAAUGUACAACUCACCUAUGGGACACGUAGCAGAGAACUAAGGAAAAACACAAAUUCAGGGGGCUGGGAAAGCAGAGGAGGGAGAGCCUUUGAGGCGUGGGGGGCAGCCAUGGAGAAGGCCCCAGGCUGACACAAGGGGCUCGUGGAUCAGUGCCCCAGCCAACUCUGGGCCUUUCCUCACGGGCCCCCAGCAGAGCUCCCUUCACCCCAUGUUCCCAUCAAGAUCUCAAAGCCCCGCUUUUAAAUGGCUCUCUCCGUGCAACCUUUGCUGCUGCUCGCGCUUCUCCCAGCAGGCUGCUGAGCUGUCGUCCACACCACCUCCUCCUCUGUCUUGCACGCAGCCGUUUGUGGGCAUGUCGGGACCCACCCCAGUUUUUAGGGGUUGCUGAAGCUCCCCUUCCUCAUCAUUUAGCUCUGUGGGGGCAGGUCACUGGGGCCUCCUCAGGAGUCCAGCCCAGGGGGGGCCUGUUAGGCAGUCACUAUCCUCCCAGCCAAGCUCUGACAUUUUCCGGUGGAGGCUGGGAGGACCCUCAGCUAUGCCAUUCUAGGUUCUGGGUUCCAGUCCCUCGGGAAAACUCGAUGUGCUGAAGGUCCCGCUCAGUCUGGGUCUUGUAAGCGCCCUCGCCAGCCCGGGUUCUGCGUCCUGGGUCUUUGGGGCCCCGGCUCUGAAGUUCUCCACUGUCCGGUCCAGCUCCGCUCCGGAUGGGCUGAGGUCGCGCCCGUUCGAGGCUGCUCCGAGGUCCUUGCCAGCGCUGCCAUUCUCUGGGCUAGUUCAGCUCUGAAAUUCUAGGACAUCGCCUUGACAGCGUUUGCCUGUCCCCCUCCCCCUCCUCCUUUCAUCCUCCUGCCUCCCCUUCUCCAGUGUCCUCUCCUCUCUCCCUCCUCCCUUCCCUCUUCUGGGUCCCCACUCCCCUUCUCCUCCCUCCCUCUUCUCGGCCCCGCCUGCUGAGUGUGAUGGGGAGAGGGGCGGGAGAGCAGAAGCCUCGCCACCUGAUCUGGCGGAGCCGAGCCAGCGGAGCCGGGACUCCGAGCCAGGGGCAGCCAGAGCCGAGGUAUCGGGAGGCCCGGGGGGAUCCGCCGCUGCUCGCCGAAGCAGCCCCGGCCGCGCUCUGGGAUCCCUCCUCUCCCCGCAUCCCCGGGCACGGACCUUUCCCAAGUCCGGCGAGCGCCUGGCCCGGGGGCCCGAUGGAGACGCGGGACUAGCGACCCCAGAGCCCCGGGGAAGUGGGGAGCGGCGAGGAAGCGGCCAGAAGCGUGAGCGGAGGGAGCCCCAGCGUCGUGCACCAGAACACUGGCCCUACUCACCCCACCCCAGGCGCCCCCCUGGGCUCUGGCCCUAAGGGAGCCGAUCUCAGGGGGCGGGGGUGGGGCCUGGGUCCCUCCUUUGCCACAUCGCUCCCUGCCCAGAGAUGCCACCGGUUCUGGCCCGGCUGCAGCAAGCGGCCAAAAUGGUGAUGACCAGGAAGAAGCUGGUGGUGGUGCUGCUGCUGGGGGGGACGCUGAGCCUGCUCCUCCACCAGGGAUCCCAGCUCAGCUGGUCUCCCCGACUGCUGUUCCCGGGGCCCCCGUGCCCCGCCGGCCGCACGCGGCCCAAGCACACCGCCGUGGCCUUCGUCAAGACGCACAAGACGGCGGGGACUACAGUGCAGAACAUCCUGUUCCGCUUCGCGGAGCGCCACAACGUGACGCUGGCGCUGCCGCGGCCCAGCUGCGAGCACCAGUUCUGCUAUCCCCGCGACUUCUCCGCGCGCUUCGUGCACCCGGCCACGAGGCCGCCGCGCAUGCUCGCCAGUCACCUGCGCUUCAACCGAGCCGAGCUGCGCCGCCUGCUGCCCAACGACACGGUCUACGUCACCAUCCUGCGCGAGCCGGCCGCCAUGUUCGAGUCGCUCUUUAGCUAUUACAACCGUUACUGCCCGGCCUUCGUGCGCGUGCCCAACGGCUCGCUUGAGGCCUUCCUGCGCGCGCCGCGCGCCUACUACCGGCCGGACGAGCGCUACGCCAUGUACGCGCACAACACGCUGGCCUACGACCUGGGCGGCGACAACGAGCGCAGCGCGCGCGACGAGCCCGCCUACCUGGCGGGCCUCAUCCGCGACCUCGAGGCCGCCUUCUCGUUAGUCAUGAUCGCCGAGUACUUCGACGAGUCGCUCGUGCUGUUGCGCCGCCUGCUGGCCUGGGACUUGGAAGACGUACUCUACGUCAAGCUCAACGUGCGCAGCGCCUCCUCGCGCCUCGCCGCGUUGCCCGAGGGCCUGGCGCGCGCUGCGCGCCGCUGGAACGGCCUCGACGCCGGCCUCUACGAGCAUUUCAACGCCUCCUUCUGGCGCCGCGUGGCGCGCGCCGGCCGCGAGUGCGUGCAGCGGGAAGCGCGGGAGCUGCGCGAGGCGCGGGAGCGCCUGCUGCACCGCUGCUUCGGGCCGCGCCCGCGCCUGCGCCCUGCGGCCGAGAUCCGCAAUAAGCAGCUGCAGCCCUGGCAGCCGCUGGGCAAUGUGGGCAUCGUGGGCUACGACCUGCCCAGCCGCCCGCCCGGGCCCGGCGGGGACGAGUGCCUCAAGCUGGCCAUGCCCGAGGUGCAGUACUCGAGCUACCUGCUGCGCAAGCAGAAGCGCCGCGCCGGGGCCUGGGCCGAGCGGGGCCGUGUAGGAGCCGCGGACGGGGCCGGGGAUCGAGAGCAGCCGCCGCCCCCGCCGCCGCCGCGUCCCAUCCGAGCCCUGCCGCGGCUGGCCAGGAGGGGCUGAGCCCGUGCCCCCAGAGUGACCCUCCCCCAGAGAGGAUCCCCAAUCAAUCGAUGCCCCAAGAGAAGGGGCUGCCUUUGUCUCCAAAGUAACCUCUCUAGAGAGGGGCAGCCGAGGGGGGGCUCUGUUCCCCCAAAGUGACCUCCCAACUAAGAGUGUGUCCCCAAAGGGACUGACCCCACCUGAGGUAGCUCCGCCCCCAUCUAGCCAAGAGGGCGUGACUCUCCCCCACAAAUGUUCAGCUGAGAGGGGACUUAGUCCCUCCCGGCCCGGAUGUACAGUUCUACUCCAAUAUGGCCAGGACAGGGUGAGCCUGAGUGUGCAGCCUCUGCAGCCAGACUGGCCAAAAAACGAUCUCAUACUGGAACUCCUCACCUCAACUGGCCAGGAGAAGGUGACCCUUGUCUGUAAAGGGUCAUCCUCAGGCCGGCCAAGAAAGGGUGACCCCACACAUACAACAUGCCCCCCCAGGAAUAUGCAUCUGAGCGGGGGCUAACCCUACCCAACCGAUGUGUGGCUCCAUCUCUAACCUAGUCAGGAGGGGGUAACUCCUGUCUUUCCAGAUGCCCCAUUCCUAGGCUGGUCAGUGGGAGGCCCUUCCUGUGAGCUAUUAAGCCCCACCCCCAUAUUGUCUGGAAGUAGUGAUUUUUCUAGCUCUGGGCGGUGAAGGUGCUUAUCCCCCCACCCCAGCUCUAAAACUGCUGCCGCUAGCCAAGAGAGAGUGCACCCCCUCCCGGCCUUCAGGUACACAAGCGCCCACACACGUGCACCCGCACACUCCAGCUCUGAAACUUCUCUUCCAUCUAAUCAAGGAUGCCUGAACUCAUACAGACAUAGGAAGCUCCCAUAAUUCAGCCGGGUAGUCCCACAUUCCCUCUCAUCUAAAGGAGAUGACCCCUCUAUCCAAGCAUUACCGCUUAAAGCCCUGCUCCAAAGGAGCUGGGCCUCCUUUUCCAAACAGAUGUGAAGGCCCCCGCCAAUUGGAGGAGGUAACAUCACUUCCUUAACCCUUAUCCACUCCAGCUGUGAAUCUCUUGUCAUUUAUCAGCACACACACAUCCCAAGGCCCUAAUUUACUCAUUUAAUCAUUCUCCAGAAAGUGCCCCUUCUCCCCCUUCAUCCCACCCUUCAGCUCUUAUUACCGGAGCCCAGCACAGAUUGUCUUCCUGGCUCCAUCUUUCCUUCAGAGCAACAGCUGCUACCACACCCAGGGACUUAAUAUGGAUUGGGUUUUUUUGGUUAAUAAAAUGGAUUUUCUAAGGUCAGA